AUGGCACACGGGAACGCUCCGAAUGGUAAAGAAGCUGGAAAUUUAUCCGACAGAACGAAUUUGAUGAUGAACGAUACAAAGCAACACAAGUUUCUUAUAUCUGAAGUUCUUCUUCUUCGUUCAUGUGAUAAGGAUUUACGUGAUUUCGUCUUGUUAUUGAAAAGUUUGCCACUCGGUGGUUGUGCCAUCCAGUCGACAAAUCCACCAUCUGGUAGAUUAUUCUGUUCUCUUCCAUUACCUGACAGCGUCACACAUGGUCUUUCAGUGCAUAUUAAUGGAUUUUUUGGAUUAACAGAUAAUCGUCGCGAUUUGAAAUGGGUUACAACGGAAACAUAUAAAGACAAUGACGGUAAAUGGAAUGAAUUGUUGAUUAAGCAAGUUAUUUCACGUACCUAUAUUAAACUAGUUGAAUAUUGUAACAAUCACUUUCAAGAUUCGCUAAUGGUUUAUCAAUGUCUGCCAGAUGCCAGCAUAAUAUCAAACAAAUGGUAUGAAUUACUUGGACCGGUGUUUCAAGAAAUUGCUAACACACCAAUUGUAAUGUGCUUAGAUGGUCAUAAACGGUUAAUAUCAGAAGUAAUUGUCAAUAAUUUGGCAGAUGUGGGUGACAAACGCUUCGAAGCAGCCAUUCUUCAAUGUUUUAAAAAUUCACAAGUAGCAUUUAUACCAAACAAGACACUGAAGUUUUUCCAGAUGUUUCACACGAACGGCGUACGUUUAAUAACACCUAGUUUAUUAUGUGAAAGUAUAACAGAUCGUUCAUUGAAUCACAUUUCAUUCGAUGCACGUUUACAGUUGUUAGAAUAUUGUUUACGAGCAACAGUAGAAAGUUUACAUAAUGUAGCAUUGCUUCCACUACUGGAUGGAAGUUGGACAAUGUUCAAUUGUCAUUCAAAAUCAUGUGAAGUUAUAUAUUAUGCGCAUAAUCAUGAAGCAGUUGUUCCAGAAAUUUUAACUGGACUGGAGAAAAAGUUUCUAAACUCUUCACUACCUGGAAAUGUCAUUUCGAUAAUGGAAAAUAUUGUACAGACAGGGCAAACACAAAUGAAACUGUACAAUCAUUAUGAUUUCCCGCAACUUCUCAAACAAUGUUGUACAUCUCAACGGACUGGACGUUGGGCUGCUAUCUUAUGGAGAUAUUUAUUUGAAAAAUUUUCAGAUUGUUUGAAUUUGUUUGAACAUCAAGAUAUCGUACCAAAUAUAGAAAUGAGCGAGGGAUAUCGAUUGAUA